CAUCCCUCCAGUGACCCCAUCCCCCACCCCCCACCCAGGUGGAUGAAUGAAGACCCCCUUCAAGAGCCCAGAGGCCCCGCGGCCCCGAGCGGACGGAGGACAUUCUGGUGUGUCAGUCAACAUGAUGAAGCGGAAGAAUCUUCACAAGAAACAUAAGAGCGACGUGGGGCCCAGCAGAACUUUGUCCCCAGUCAAGACAAACAUUGUGGGCUGCAGGAUCCAGCACAUUUGGAAGGAAGGCAGUAAGUCGUCCCAGUGGAAGGGGACAGUUCUGGACCAGGUCCCCGUCAACCCGUCCCUCUACCUGAUCAAGUACGACGGCUUCGACUGCAUCUACGGCCUGGAACUGCACAGCGAUCAGCGCGUCAUCGGACUCCAGGUGCUGCCCGACCGAGUGGCGCCGGCUCGUGUGACGGACGCGCUGCUGGCCGACGCCAUGAUCGGCAAGGCGGUGGAGCACAUGUUCGAGACGGAGGACGGGCCCAAGGAGGAGUGGCGGGGGAUGGUGCUGGCCCGCGCGCCCAUCAUGACGUCUUGGUUCUUCAUCACCUACGAGAAGGACCCCGUGCUCUACAUGUACCAGCUGCUGGAUGACUACAAAGAGGGAGAUCUGCGCAUCAUGCCCGACGCCAGCGAAAGCGCGCCAUCGGACCGCGAGCCGGGCGAGGUGGUGGACAGUCUGGUGGGCAAGCAGGUGGAGUACGCCAAAGAGGACGGAGGCAAGCGUUCGGGGAUGGUCAUCCAUCAGGUGGAGGCCAAGCCCUCCGUCUACUUCAUCAAGUUUGACGAUGACUUCCACAUCUAUGUCUAUGACUUGGUCAAGACCACUUAAGGCCUGCCUGGCCCUUCAAAAGACCACCGCCGACACCCCUCUUAAGACACACGGACACGCUCGUUGUUCUUUUCAGAACAUGCCAGUCACUGUAAGCCCGCCCCCUUGGAUGACGCAACCCAGGUUGUCAGCAAAGCUUGAGUGGACCUCUCCGGACUGUUACCAUUAUCAGCUAUGAUUCAAGUUGGAGUCAAACUUAAUGGGAAAUCAUCAUUAGCAAGCUAACCGGAUGCCGUUGAUGACAUCACAUUUAAGGCUCUCUCUGGACUUGAAGCGCCAUUAGCUAGCACUGAAGUUGUUUUCCAAAUUCAUGGUAAUUUGUUGGCGAGCUAAUUGGGCACCAUCUUAUUUCAAAUCCGUCUGCAUCGGUAGCAUCUUCAGCCUGUGUCGCUAGCACCCAAGUUCCAGUUGAUGUUCAUGGAAACGCAUCGUUAGCAACAUUGAAUGAUCUGAGGAUCUCCGGACUGCUAGCUCCAUUAGUAUCGUUAGCUAGCACUCGUGUUGUUACCCAAAUUUAUGAUAAUUUGUCCACAAGCUAAUCGGACUCCACCGAGAUGGCUUUUGGGAUCCGUCUUGCCCGUUAGCGUCAUUAGCUUGCGGGUCGAUAUCACUCAGUUAAAAUUAAGCGAAUUGGCCGCCAUUGGUGACACAGAAGUUCAACGCCUGCGCCUCACAGUUCGGAGGGUGCGGGUUCGAGUCCACCUCCGGCCCUCCCUGUGUUCUAAAGAGCUCGCCUGACCACUAGCACCGUUAGCUUUCGCAACUCAUGGUGACCCAUCCAUGGCGAGCUAACCGUAGAUGGUUGACUGAACAAUUUCUUGCUCGGCUGCUUGCACCGUUAGCUCACACAGCUUGCACUCCAGGUGUGGGCGAAACUCACGGAGCUUGUUUGCACGCUAAUCAGAUGGUGGGCAAAACAUUGAGCGACCUCGGAAUGGUCGGCACAACUUUCUGCACUCGACUUGCUGACCUUGUAGCAUUCCAGAACAUUCCCAGCAACACAACAACGUCACCUGGCCUUGAUUUGAUGAGUGGCUCUUCAGUGUGGUGUUUAUGAACGUCAUUCUGGAAACUUCAGUUUUGUUGUUGUUGUGCUUUAAUCGUUUAACUGUUGGACAAGAUAAAAUCUCUCCGUUUGCUGUUCUUGGAUGUCAUUCUAGAAUGUUUUGUUUUUGUGCUUUUACAAUCAUUUGACGUUCUGCGAUCAGACCGCAGAACAAGAUACUGCCGUUGAGUUGGUGAUUGGUCUUCUAGAAUGUGCUCGAGCUUGAUGUUCUGAGCAUGCUUUGGGUGGUCAUUUUUGAAUGUUUGACAUUCUAGACAUUCCAAGCACUGAAGAACAAGGUGAAAAUAGAUUGUCAAAUGGUCUUCUCAGACAUACUUUAGUUUGAUUUUGGGGAAUCAUUCCUGGAUGUUCCUCAUGAUGACUGGUCUUCUCCAAUGUGGGUUUGAUAUUCUCACCAAGUCCUUUUGGUUGUAGGACUUUCUAGAACAACAUUCUCUGAUGUCUGAAAAGCAAGAUGUGGAUCUGGUGAAGUCUUCUACAGUGAGUGAUGUCAUAUUGCUGCUUUUUGUACAAACAAAAAUCAAUUCUUUUGCUGCUGGACAUUCUGAAACGUCGUUAGCUCCGUCUGAAGGACAAGAUGUGAUCUGGUGUUGAUCAGGCUUUGAGAAUAUGCACUUGGUUCUUGGACCUCAUGUUGUUUGAGAACAUUUUUGUGCUUCUUAUGCUGUAACAAUCCAAUCCUGCUAUCGCAUCAGCAAACUGGGAAAACUUCAUUUCAUCCUUGAACAUUUCUUUGAUUUCUUGUUGUGCUUCAACAAUCCUUUUGGACCUUCUCGAACUUGCGAGGAGCAAGCUAAUGUUUUCAACUGGAGUAGAUGUUUAGUCUUGUUGCAGAGAAUUGACUCAAUUGCGUCACCAUGAAAACAACUGCAGGGGUUGCUGGAACAUGCGUGUUAAGGGUGCAUGUGCCAUGCGUGUCACAUGAUUUACGUACGUUGUAUAAGUUGUUGCAUGUUUGUAUCUUUUGUGCCUUUUUAUUUUAUUCAAUUGUCGGGGACUAAAAGUGGUAAGUUUGUUUUGGGCGUACUGUCCCUUUAAAAGUGUGCCAACGUCGUGUUCAAGCUGACUAAGGAGAUGAAAAUUAUUAAAACAAUUCUCUUUUUCAAA